CAGGCCCUCCGCACAAGCUCUACCAGAACCCUCAGACCGGCCAUCGAUCCCACAGAAUGUCUUCAGCAUCGCCAUCUUUCCGCCCAAGCAUGUCGAUUUCCCCACAGGCCAGACUGGCGAUCCGGAAUGUCUUUACAGAGCAGAAAUACCAAGAGUGGCAGUCCAAAUGGCCCGGCUCAGUAACUCUUUCCCCGCUCAUCGACAUUGCACUCGACCAUACCUGCUAACCCGUCGUAGGACCUAACCCACUUCGUCGUCAAGUACACCACCGCCCUCACCAACUUUCACCGCACGUUCCCCACCGAAGAUCCCAUUCCUACCGAAGACGAGGACACGGCCGCAGCGCCCGGGACUACUAGCCCAUGCAGCGCGAAGAAGCACUAGACGAAAGCUACCUCGCGAACAACGGCCGGGACAAGAAAAUUCCCAACGGGCGUGGAUCGAGCGCAUGAACGAAGAAACGUUCACCGACCUCAUGGAGCGGCAAACCGAUGUGGAUCUCGAUGAAGGAAUUCCGGGCAUGGGAGUGGAGUUCGGUUGACGAUGGUUCGCACUAUGAUCCGAAGAAGGCUGAUCAGAGUCUGAUGGAUGAUUCGGUGGCGCAUGUUUCGGGCAUGGCGCAGGCACAGGGGCGCAUGGUUACUCUUGCAAGUCGGGUCGCCAUUGCUCUGGUUCGAUCUCGAAGAUGGAGUCCAUUCGCAAGCGUCAUGGUAUGCUGCACUCGCAUAUUCUUCCGCCGCUCUCAGAGUUGGGAUCAGUUCGACCGCAUUCUUGCGCUGAAUGCUGAAACUCCUCGUCGUGAAGUCAUCAGCGAGCGACUCGAGCCUGGAUUUUCGCAAUCAACUCGAAAAAUCAUCGUUGUUUUCGCCCACGCUUCACACUACCUGUGA